AUGUCCUCCAAAAAACCUAAAGAAACUAAAACUGCCUUCACAAAUGAACAAAGAAAAGCUAUAAUCAAACAUAAAGAAAAAAAUCCUCAAAUUAGUCAAGCUGAUCUUAAUAAGGAUGAAAUUGGAGAAAAUCCUUUAGCGAAAAGACAGAAAACAGUUCAAUAUCUAGUACUUAAAAAUUCAUUAUAUGAAUGGAUUCUACAAUACCAAGAGAGAGUAAUACUAUACAAUGAGAUUAUA